CUAUUGAUUAUCUGUUAUGUGAUAAUAACUGUUAUAUAGAUAAUAUAUAUAAAAGUUAUAUUUAAAAAAAAUGACUUUUUCAAUAGCUAUUACAGUGAUUAUGAUGACUGUACUAGUGGUCAGGCAAUCAGUAUCAAUGAAUAAUGUAUCUCAAUAUAGCUUUGCUGUCGAUGCCCUACACCUACAGCAGUCGGCUGGCGAACAGUUUACUGAUGGCGACGACAUUAUUAUGGAUUGUUAUUUUACUCCCGGCACUAAUAUAAAUGUAAACUACAUUUCAUUGACAAAAUCCAUGAUUCCCAAUGAUAUUGGAUUAACAUUUAUCAGAUAUAAUAGCAAUAACAACAAUAAGACUGACAAUCAAUGUAUAAAAAAUUAUAAAUAUUUACCUGGACAACAAAAUGUUAUCAUAGAUAUCAAUACUAUAGACAAUUUGCGUAUAAAUAUUACCGGUAGUCAAAAGGCAUUAGAGGGCUGGUAUGGAUGUAGGGUUGAACUUGAGCUAAAUGGUACUGUAUGGCAAUCGACAUUGAGACAGGUUGAAUUGAAAUAUAAAAAAUAUGGUCUAUUACGUAAAGCUUAUGAUAAGAUAAGAUCGUUUUUCAAUUACUAGAUUUGAUUUAAUUAAUUAAUAUACAUAAAUUAUCAAGAUUAUUAUUAACUAAUUUAUCAUUUAAAAUUUACC